AGAUCAUCAUGGGGAAAGGAAGAGCACCAUGCUGUGACAAGACUCAAGUGAAGAGAGGACCUUGGAGCCCUGCAGAAGACCUUAAACUCAUUGCUUUCAUCCAGAAACAUGGCCAUGAAAAUUGGCGUUCUCUCCCCAAACAAGCAGGGCUUCUGCGAUGUGGGAAAAGUUGUCGUUUGAGAUGGAUCAAUUAUCUCAGGCCUGAUGUAAAGAGAGGCAAUUUUACAAUAGAGGAAGAGGAAACCAUAAUAAGGCUACAUAAGGCCUUGGGAAACAAGUGGUCAAAGAUUGCAUCACGUUUGCCUGGUAGGACUGACAAUGAGAUCAAGAAUGUGUGGAACACACACUUGAAGAAAAGAUUGGCUCUGAAAAGUUCAGAGUCAAGUGCAGAUGAAUCCAAGUUAGAAUCAUCAAUCACUUCCUCAUCUUCAUCUUCAUCUGAGUCAUUUUUAUCAAAUGAGAGACCAAAUCUAGCAAAGACUAGUCCUGUAAAUGAAUUUAAUGUGCAAGCUUCCCAAGUGACAAUGACAGAGAAAAUUGUGCAAGAAUCUGAAAAACAAGUAUCUAAUGAACUUACGAUCAUUACUGAAGACCCAAAAGAGUCAUCAAAUUCAUUGUCUUGUGUUGAGUCAAAUAUCUUAAACUCAAACCAGAUUGUUGCUUACAAACCAGAACAAGAAUUGGCUUGUCCAUUAACCUAUCUAGGACUUUAUGAUGUUGACAAUACAUUACAAGAGGUGGAUAAACCAAACAAUCUUCUUGAAAUACCAUGGGAAUCAGAUUAUGAUUUUUGGAAGUCAUUAGAUAACCUUGGAUCCUUCCAAUCAAAUGAAAUCCAAUCAGAGGAGUUCCCAGCUAGCCAAAGCCUUCAUUUUGGAGAAGAGGGUGUUCAAGAUGCUGAAGGCAUGAAGUGGUCCCAAGACUUUGAGAAUGAGUUUGGAGUAGUAGGUGAAACAACUGAGUCAAACAAGGAUCAGUUCCUAUCAAAGAAUUAUGCUGUUGCGCCAGAAAUGGACCAUCAGAUACUUGAUUUUGAUGAUAUGACAAGGCCAGAAUCUGAAUUAGACUUUGGUUAUAUUCAAUUAUGGCCCUCUUGGCCUCAAAAUACUAGCCUUUAA